AAAUGAUACCACCGGAAGGAGAGAAGGAAAGAGUACAUUUUGGUUGUACCAGGCAAAAUUGAUAUUUUCUCUUCGUUAAAAUAAGAUCCAUUAUGAUCACCACUCCUCCCGACGACUAGCAACGACGCCCCUACCGUCGCGGCGGCCGCGCCGCCGGGGAAAUGGUCCAAACAGUAGUUACACUAAUUCUUCUCAUCUGCUUUGAGGUUGCCGAGGACCCUACGACGUGGAAGCAUCUAUGGGCACGGCCAGCCUUCUUCACGAUUCUAGGGUUCCUAAUUUUCUCCUUCCUCUAGAGCAUCUCGAGUCCAUGGUCACGGCGGAGUUAGGCAGCGGUGGAUUCAUAAUCUCGGCUUAUACGGUGUUCGGUCCCUUCUAGGGCUCCUGGUAACUCCUCAGCUGUCCUAUCUAUCUCACCUGCAUGAAACUCGUCUAUAUUUUCAUUCUUUCUUCCCUCUUCGCCCUUGCCCUUGCCCUUGCCCAUUGUUGUCAGGAGAGAGAGGAAGAGCAGCCCUCACUACAGUGCCUGUGGAGCUUAGUAUUGAGCAGUUAAAGCCAUGGCCGACGAUUCCAGGAAUGCCCAUGCCACUGAUGCCAGAGCCUUAUCUGCUGAUGCAGCUUUCAGAUGGUCUUCUUUGCCUCUCAAGAGGAGGUUCUCUUGUAUAUCCUCGCCGCUACGUCAGUAACUGCUGUCUACAGGUCUUGUUGGAUACAACUGAAAUUUGCUCUAUCAAUAUGACCACUUCCUUUACUGGAAGGGAGCAUCUGCCUACCAAUGUUGGGAAACAAAUGCUAUACCACUGUGCAUAUAAUUUUAUCGACCCCCUCUAUAUAUAUUGGACUCGGGGGCAUUUCCAAGAAGACACCAGAAGGGGUCUUGUGGCUGAGUUUCUGCGGCAAUGGCCUACAAACUACAUGGUGGUGAAAGGAGAAAGACAAGGAAUUCUAACAAAUCUCACUGGACACUCGGUGAAGAUGCGAUCCUGAUUAACCUUGUCCGGAGACACGGUCCGGGGAGUUGGGACUAUAUCGCAAGCCAUUUCAGGGGAAGAACAGGGAAGAGUUGUAGGUUGCGCUGGAUAAAUCAACUGAAUCCUGAAGUUAAUAGGUUACCAUUUUCUGAAGACGAACAAGCCAAGAUUCUUGAACUUCAAAAGGAGUUCGGGAACAAAUGGUCUGCCAUGGCAAAGCACUUCCCCGGCCGAACAGACAAUCAAUUGAAAAACCAGUACCAUGUAAUGAUGGGGAGUUACUCUAAACCUACCGGUGCAUCUUCUGGCUCUCACCCCCCUGCCCCUCCUAGGAGAGAACCAACAGGAAAUUAUUACAGUUGGUUCGGUCCCUCCUUCACUGGGAUGGCUGCGACUGCUGAAGCAGGGCCAUCGUUCAGCGCUAAUCUGGAUAACCUCAUGAACAACUCCCAAAUGUCUGGCCAGAACAAUCCUGUCUUGUCCUAUGGUACUUCUUCCUCUGCCCCGGUGGCUCAGCCCCAGCAAGAAGCAGCAGGCGUAGAGGCAACUAAAUUCUUCGACUUUAUGGGAGUUGGAGCUUCUGAGUGAAGUGCUGGUGUUGUUUGUUGUGUUGGUCUUUUCAAUUGUGUCGCGAGUAGGAAUAAUGUGAAUGCACAUUUCUGAUGUUCGGAUUUGUGCCUGGAGUUGUAAUCUUGCAUCGUUACUUUGUGUUUUGUUUUUGUUUUGUCGUGUCAAGUCAGGUGUCGAGUCAGGUCGGGUCAGGUCUCGGGUUUCUGUUGCUCCUGAGGCUCCAAGUUUGUUCUUGCUUUCAAUAAUCUAGUGGUGAAAUGAAUGAUUCAGUGUUUGUUCUUCUUCCAUUUCAACUACUGUAUUGUAUUGAUGCUUGAUUUGCUAUCUGUUCAUCAUGUUCUUGGGGCUGGGCUUCUGCCA